CAGCUUGGCAUGAGCUCCCCGGCCUGCCAUCCUCCACGAUCCAGCACGAUCACGGCCCCGACCUCGCCACCCACACUGCCGGCGUCAUGCACGUACCGGCCGACGGCAACGUCGUAUCUAACCACCGGAUGCGAGUUCGCAUGCCCGACCACCACCUCGGUGUGGUGCAUUUCGGAUGCGUAUGUCGUGCUGGCGUGCGGAUGCGACCGCGCCGCCGUCAGCCCGACGACCGUCACCCGGUGCCCGACGGCGAGCGUACACUGCCUGCAGUGUUCUACUGGAUGGGGAAUCGCCACCAUAACCGACCCGAACUGCCCGUCGUCCACGACUGAAACGGCGAGUGCG